AUGCCAGAGUAUGCGAUCCUGUCACACACCUGGGGAGAAGACAAGGACGAAGUCACCUUCGAUGACAUAACUAAAGGAACAGGGACAACCAAGAUUGGCUAUAGAAAACUUCAAUUCUGUGCAGAGCAAGCUGCACUUCACAAGCUGUACUACUUUUGGAUUGAUACUUGUUGUAUCAACAAAGACAGCAGCACAGAGCUUCAGGAGGCGAUCAUCAGCAUGUUCAAAUGGUACCGGGACUCGACGAAAUGUUAUGUAUACCUGACUGAUGUGUCGGUUGACAGCUCAGCCGAGCGAGCAGAUGGUUUAAAAGAGAAUGGACACUCCAAGAGCUCAUUGCUCCGAAAUGCGUCGAAUUCUAUUCUGCAGACGGCAAAUGGCUUGGGAGCAAAUCAUCCCCUCCAGGAAAGAACUUUGUCGCAAUUCAGUAUUGACGAACGUAUGCGUUGGGUACAGGGACGCGAGACAAAACGAGGCGAGGAUAUGGCCUACUCUAUAAUGGGCAUUUUCGACAUUGAAAUGACACUUCUAUACGGAGAAGGCAAGGAAAAGGCUGUCGAUCGACUACGCAGAAAGAUAAGGAGACUCCAAGGAAAUGGCCGAGGCCACAGACUAGAAGAAAUUGUCCUCAAACGUAACCACUUCAAGUUCGUCUUGCAGAUCGGCACAAUGCUGCAAGAGGCAGGCAACCAAUUCAGUCUCGUCAUGGGUGACUCAAGUAAAGAAGGGCCGCCAGACUUAAUCGCGGUAAGCGAGACGGGUACCCGCGAUGAGAAUAUCGAAGUCAACGUCGUUCAUGGAGCUGGAAAUUGCCAAAUCUUCCUUCUCCGAAUCGCAACAACAGACUUUACGCCCUUGCUCAGCUGGACCAAACAAUUGGAUUUCACUCUCACAGACUGGAAUGGUGACGACACACUAGAUCUUGUCGUCAUCAAGAAAUCCCACACGACCACAAACAGUACUGAAGUCUACAUACUCUCUGGAGCUUCAAAUUUCCAACAUAUCCUGCUGCAGACUGGUAAGAAACUUGAACAGACGGAUAACACGUGGACAUUCGGCAUGGGAAAAUGGGCCACUGGCGAGCAGUCCGACUUGUUUGCCAUCAACAAAGAAUCAAACCCGCCUGAAGUCUACGUCCUGCGCGGCAACGAUAACUUCCAGUCCAUCAUCCUCCACGCCGAAAUUAACCUGGAUACAGCAAAUGCCGACUUUGACUUCCUCGUCACUGACUGA